GUCACAAACCCAAACCCAAAACCCAAAAAAUUAUUUGUUUAUUUGUUUAUUAGUGGACAAUUGACGUUUGCUGUUAGCUGAGUAACUUAACCUGUAAGUUUUUUUAUAUAUUUUGUGCCACUUUUUGAUGAUUUUUGGAUAUCUGUUGUAAUUUUAUACUUUCAAAAGUAUGAACGUAAACGAGAUAUCAAUGGAGGUUAAUGAGCAAAGUGAUUCCAGUAAUUCAAGCGAAGACGAAGACCAGGAAAUAGUGAAUAGAGCUGAAGAAUUAGAAAAACAGAUAUCUUCUAACAAAUAUCUAUAUGACUCUCAUGUCGAAAUUGUUGAAAUAUACCGCAAACUGGGUGAUCUCAAAUCAUUACGUGAAGCUUACCAGAGGUUUUAUGAAUAUUUUCCACUUACACCAAAGUUGUGGCUAGAUUGGCUCAGGGAUGAAAUUAAAAUAGCACAAACACCCGAGGAACAUAAACAUGUAUAUUCCCUUUUCGAUCGGGCUGUAGAAGAUUAUUUAUCUGUUGAACUUUGGAUUGAAUAUGCUCAAUAUUCCAUUGGAGUAAGUAAUAUACAAACCACUCGUGCCAUAAUAGAAAGAGGCCUUACUGCAGCCGGCUUGCAUGUAAGUGAUGGUUCUUUGCUAUGGGAUACUUUAAGGGAAUUGGAGCAUGCACAUAUUUCUCUAACAGAAGAAGGCAGUGAAGAAUGGAAAAUGCAACUUGGUAAACUGGCUGACGUUUUUAAAAGACAACUUUCAGUGCCUCUUCUGGGUAUGGAACAGACAUAUCACGAAUGGCAGGAGUGGUAUAAGAAUCUUCCAGAGGGAUUAAUAGACCCAAAACCUAUUGAAUGGGGUUAUGAAAAGGCAUUGAAAAUAGUCGAAGAUUAUAAACCAUUUGAAGAAAAACUCUUAGAAGCCAAAUCUAAUGAAGAAUUAUUUAAUACCUACAAAGAAUACAUACAAAUCGUAAAAGACCCAUCUACUGGCUUGUGUUUAUAUGAAAGAGCGGCUGUGACAUUAUGCUUGAUUCCAGAACUUUGGCUUGAUUAUUGUAUGUAUGCUUUCCAGUUGGGUGAAACUGCUUUUAAAAUUAGUAGCAGAGCUUUAAGAAACUGCCCUUGGAGUGAAGAGUUGUGGAUUACCAAACUGAGGAUAAUGGAACAUUUGCAAAAGGAUGAAAAAGAGGUACUGGCUUGUUUUGAAAAAGGAAUUUCAAGUAUAUCUCCAGCACACGGUUUAGAAUUAUGGUUAAGUUACUUAGAGUACGUCCAUAGGAACUGCAAAGAUGUGGAGAAAGAAGAUAAACUGUUUUCACAAGCCAUACAACAGUUAGAAUUUGAAAAUGAUCCCUCUUACAAAUUAAGUAGAUGGCAUGCCCGCAUUUUAGCGAAGAGAGGAGACAUAUCUACUGCACGAAAAAUAUGGAAUAAAAUUGUCCGAUACCCUCAAGUCAAAGGUACAGCAAGUAUUUGGUUGCAAUAUGCAAACAUGGAAAGGCAGUAUGGUGAUUUCAAUCACCUUAGAAGUUUAUUUCAAAAAGCUCUAUCAGUUUGUACAGAUUGGCCUGAAUAUGUUUUCGAAGAGUGGCUGAUGUUUGAACGUGAAUUUGGGACAUUAGAAACUGUUUUAAAGUGUAUAGAAAAGAAAAAAAGUAUAAGGACAGAAGCUCCAAUUCGGCAACAAAACGAGGAGUACCAGAAUUUUGAGACAAUUCCAUUAAAAGGCAAAAAACGCAAAUAUGACAGUGGUGAAAAAAGUGUUAACAUCAAGAAAGUUCGGACCAAUAGUGAAUCACAAAAAGAGAGCAAAGAGAAAAAGGAAGCUCCACCUCCUGUCACUAAUAAACAUAUUGACAAGGAUCCCAAAACAACAGUUUUCAUUAGCAACUUGCACCCAAGUGUUGGGGAGGAAGAGUUGAAACAACUCUUCCCUAAUGCCACUAUUAUUAAUUUAGUACAUGAUCACAAAGGCAAAUCACGAUGCUAUGGUUACCUUCAAUUCUCCACCGAAGAAGAAGUUAUGACAGCCUUAGCAAGAGAUCGUGUGCCUUUAGACGGCCGCCCAGUCUUCAUUUCAGAAAUCAAAACUGACAAAACUCAGAAGAAACCAGUAUUCAAAUACGAAACAAAAGCUGAAGCAAAUAAAUUAUUUGUGCGAGGAUUGCCAAAAAAUAAAUCAAAAGAGGAAAUAGAGGAAAUAUUCAAGCCUUACGGUUCUAUAGCUGUGCGGUUAGUUUUACAUAAAAAUGGUCAACCCAAGGGUCUGGCUUAUGUUGAAUUUGAAAAUGAUGAGGCGGCUAAGAAAGCCUUGGAUGCUACUAAUCAAAUAACGAUCGAUGGGAAUGUUAUUACAGUGGCAGUUAGCGCACCACCACCGAAAAAGCCAAGCACCAGUUUUCCUAAAAGUAACGAACCGAUCCGACACGCAAGGAGCCGAUUGCAGGUACCAUUGGUACCGAGAGCUUUACAAAUAAAGAGUGCUGAAAGUAACGGAAAAGAAGCAACUGGUAGUACUGUUACUUCCAACAAAUCACCUAAAAGUAAUGCAGAUUUUAGGAAAUUAUUACUGAAAAACUAGAAAUUAAGUUCAAACAGAAAUAGACGUGUUUAUACAGUAGAAUUUUAUUUUCGAUUUUUAUUAUAAAUGUUGAAUUUAAAAAAAAAUAAUGUAUAAUGUGUUCAGUAUAAUGAA